AUUAAAGCACUCACAAAUCACAAUAACUCUCUCAACAUAGAGAAGAGAGAAUUUUAUCGUCCACCUCAGUUUAGGAGGGAAAAACCUAAAGCUCUGCUAUUCAAGACGACACACAGAGAAAGAGAGAGAGACAGAGAGAGAGAGAGAAAAAAACAAAAUCUUUUGGUAAAUAGUCUCUCAGGAAAAAAAAUGUUUGCAGCAGAGAAUGGACUCAAGGGAGACCCAAGGCUUCAAGCCAUUUCAGAAGCCAUAAGGGUCGUUCCUCACUUCCCAAAACAAGGAAUUAUGUUUCAAGAUAUAACAACGUUGUUGCUGGAUCACAAGGCGUUCAAGGACACGGUGGAUAUUUUCGUUGAUCGUUACAGAGACAUGGGCAUCUCUGUUGUUGCUGGGGUGGAAGCCAGAGGAUUCAUGUUUGGUCCGUCCAUUGCCUUAGCUAUUGGAGCAAAGUUUGUUCCUUUGCGUAAACCUAGAAAGUUACCAGGCGAAGUAAUUUCGGAAGCGUAUGUCCUGGAGUAUGGAACUGAUUGUCUGGAAAUGCAUGUUGGGGCUGUUCAGCCCGGCGAGCGUGCAUUGGUAAUCGAUGAUUUGGUAGCUACGGGUGGGACUUUAUCGGCAGCCAUAAGACUUUUAGAACGUGUGGGGGCCGAAGUGGUUGAAUGUGCAUGCGUUAUUGGGUUGCCUGAGGUUAAGGGACAACGCAGGCUUAACGGAAAGCCACUUUAUAUCCUUGUUGAGCCACGCAAAAUAGAUAAUGGCUAUUAAGAUCUGUGGUUUGAUUCUGCUUGGGUUGACUUAUAGAAAAGAUGAUGCUUCAGCAAACAGGCCACAAUAUGUUUCUCAACCGAGUUUUGGCUGGGUCCAACCCUAUGGGGAUCUGUCUCUUCUGUAGGCUGUUAUGUCCAUUUAUAGUUUUGAACAAGCAUGGCUUAAGAAUUGUUGUCCCAUGAUGUUGAUUUUUUUAUUAGGUAUCAUUUAGUCCUCAUUAUAGCAAAUCUUUGGUUGAAUGCCCUUCUUCCUUUGGGCUGAUUUAGGCAGUUCUAUUUUUCAGCUUAAUCACUAUUUCCUUGAAAUACAUUCUC